UUUUAAUCAAAUAUAUGAAUGCUAAAUCCGAUACUCCAUGCCGAUAUUUUAUUAAAGGGAAUUGCAGAGAGGGAGAGGAAUGUCAAUACUCGCAUGACACAUAAAAUAUUGAGAAAGUUAAUUUAAUAAGAGAUGAUAAGGGGAAACUGAAUUUGAAGAAGAAUAAUGACUUUCAAUUUGAGAGAAGAAAUGUAAGAGAGAGAGGUAGAGGAAGAGGCAUAUAAGAUAGAGAAUAAGAUGAUGAAUUAGAAAAAGAUUACUAAAAGAAAGAUAACAGUUAAAGAAUUGAAAGUUAAUAAUAAAAGAAUUAAAAUGAUUAAAAAGGUGAAAAAAGAUUUGGAGAAUAAUAGGAAAGAAAUGAAGAUAAAAGAAGAAAAUAGAGAUUUGAUAAGAAUUUAAAUGAAUAGGAAAAUAAAAAUAAAUAUGGUGUAUAAGGAGAAAUAAAUAAUGUAAAUUCUGAGAGAUUAGAAAAAUAUCAAGAAAAUAAUAAUGAAGAUGAUUAGAAAUAAUAUCGUUAAAGAGGGAGAGGAAGAGGAAGAGGAAGAGGAGGAGAUAGAGAAAAUACAUUUAAAAGAAGAGAAUUUAUAUAAGAUGAAGAGAAAGAAAGAGGAGAUUAGAUAAAAUAAAAAGGUGAUGGAUUUAAUAAGAUAAAGAAAGUUAAAGUUAAUGAGAUAUAAGUAAAAAAAAGAAUUUAAGUAUUGAAUUUAGAGUAAAAGAAAAAUAUAGAUAAUCUAAUUUAAAUAGUUGGAUAUAAUUUUUAAUUUUUAGGUAUUUUAAAAUCAAAUUCAAUUGAUUUUUAUUAAAUACCUUUUAAAAGGAAUGGAAUAUUAAUAGUAGAUGAUGAGAAGAAAGUCACAAUAAGUCAUUUGGAUAAAUAAUUUAUUUGUGCAUUCAUAUAAGAACAUAAAAAUGAUGAAUGUUCUCUGAUGAUUCAAUUUUAAAAAAAUGAUGAAUCAUUUAAGAAUUUAUUAAUAUUUAAUAAUGUGUUUCAUUAAUAGAUUCCAUAGAUAAUAUUUGAUAUAUCAAUGAAAGACAUAGUAUAUACAAAUUUAGAAGAUGGAUUAUUAUAUACAUUUUGUAAGGAUGGAUUGAUUAGAAUAUUCCAAUAGAAUGAGAUAGGAUAAUUUAAAUAUAUUUAACAUUAUAAUUUGGAAUAAUCAAUUGAGAAUGUAAUUAAGGUUGGUAGUAAUUACUUAAUAGGAGUAAGAACUAAUUAAUUAUAUUUAUUUAAUGGUACUAUAAUAACUGAAAUUCCAUAUAAAUUUAAUAAGAAAUGCACAUAAAUGAUAAUUGAUUUAGAUAGAGUGAUUCUAAAAAUGGAUGAAGAUAUUUCAACAUCAAUAUAUGUAUUGAGUUAGAAAUUGGAAAUAAUAGGACCAAUAUAUGAGGGAGAAAAAGUGAUUUGUUUAGAAAUAAUAAAGAGUUAUGAAAGUGAUAAAUUAUUUAUUUUUGGAUUAAGUAAUUCAGUAGAGAUUUAUACUGAAAUAGAAAACAAAUUGUAUCCAAUAAAUGUAAUUUUGAAUUAGAAAUUUAUAUAAAUGAAAAAGAUAGAAAUUACUAAUGAAAAUAUGGUUACAUAAAAGUUUAUAGUUGGAGAAUAUGAUGGAGAACUUAAAAUAUUCAGUGUAGUUCCUGAAUAAUGA